AUGGCACAAUACGGAGAUCAGAAAUACGAAGGAGAAGGUCCGCAAACAGAUGAGUAUGGCAACCCAGUUCCAAAAACUGAUGCGUACGGAAACCCACUUCACUCUACCACCGAGAAAACCAAGGGUGAAUAUGGUGUAACUGGUCACCAGGGUCUAGGUCACGCCACCGGAGCAACUGAAUCUUAUCAAAACAAACCUAGCGCCACCCCUUAUUCCGGCAGCGACAUUGGCACAGGAACUGGUGCAGGCUACGAGGGACUUGGAGUCGCUGGUCACAAGCAAUCUAGUGCCAGCACCGGCAUGGGCACGGACAUUGGCACUAAAACUGGGACAGGCUAUGAUCAACAUAGCGAAGAAGGCUAUGAGAAGCUUCUUGGUGUUCACAGCACAGACGAUCAUCAAAAGGUCUCCACAACAAAGGCUGGCAGCUUUGCUGGUGGUUUUGGGGAAGGAGGGGAAACCCACGACAAGAAAGGGGUGAUAGAGAAGAUCAAAGAAAAGCUUCCCGGUGGUCAAAACACAGACGAGCAUCAAAGGGUGUCCACAACAAAGGCAGGUGGCUUUGCUGGUGGUUAUGGGGAAGGAGGGGAAGCCCACGAGAAGAAAGGGGUGAUGGAGAAGAUCAAAGAAAAGCUUCCCGGUGGUCAAAAUACAGAUGGGCAUCAAAAGGUGUCCACAACAACAACAGGCGGCAUUGGUAGUGGCUAUGUGGAAGGAGGGGAAACCCAGGAGAAGAAAGGGGUGAUGGAGAAGAUCAAAGAAAAGCUUCCCGGUGGUCAAAAUACAGAUGGGCAUCAAAAGGUGUCAACCACAACAACAGGCGGCAUUGGUAGUGGUUAUGUGGAAGGAGGGGAAACCCACGAGAAGAAAGGGGCGACUGAGAAGAUCAAAGAAAUGCUUCCUGGUGGUCACAACACAGACGAGCAUCAAAGAGUGUCCUCAACGACAGGCGGCGUUGGUGGUGGAGGUUAUGGGGAAGGAGGGGAAACGCACGAGAAAAAAGGGGUGAUGGAAAAGAUCAAGGAGAAGCUUCCUGGACAUCAUUAG